GGACCCUGGGGCGUAGUGUCUCUUGUUUCGGUCUAUCUUGCUUCAUGUUCACUAUACAUUGCUUUCUCAUACUCAAAGUAUCUGAAGACUCCAGCAGCUCAUCUCACUACAACUAUGGCAGAUGGACCUUAUAAAUUCAUUAGGGACGGUGAUGGCAGAGUCAGCAGGGUGAUCCGUGUUGGCACCAGAAAAAGCCAGCUGGCUCGGAUUCAGACUGACAGUAUUGUAGAGAAACUCAAGGGGUUACACCCUGAUGUUCAUUUUGAAAUAGUGGCUAUGUCAACAACUGGAGAUAAAAUACUUGACACAGCUUUAUCCAAAAUAGGUGAAAAGAGUCUCUUCACAAAGGAAUUGGAGAAUGCUUUGGAAAAAAAUGAGGUAGACCUGGUUGUGCACUCUUUGAAAGACUUGCCUACUGUUCUUCCUGUGGGCUUCACUAUAGGAGCCGUGCUGAAACGAGAAAACCCCCAUGAUGCUGUUGUCUUGCACCCCAAAAAUAAAGGCAAACGUCUCGAUGCUCUCGUCGACAAGAGUGUUAUAGGUACCAGUUCUCUUCGCCGGGCUGCACAACUGAAGAAAAGGUUUCCCCACCUGGAGUUUAAAGACAUUAGAGGUAAUCUCAACACCCGUCUGAAGAAGCUGGAUGAAAAGGAUGACUUUUCUGCCAUUGUCUUAGCAGCAGCUGGUCUUCGGAGAAUGGGCUGGGAGAACCGCAUUGGCCAGAUCCUUGGGCCUGAGGACUGCAUGUAUGCCGUUGGACAGGGUGCUCUGGCAGUUGAGGUGAGAGCUCGAGACCGGGACAUCCUGGAAAUGGUGUCAGUAUUAAAUGACUCGGACACUGUGUUGAGCUGCAUCGCGGAGAGAGCGUUCCUCAAACACCUGGAAGGGGGGUGCAGUGUUCCAGUUGCUGUUUACACUGAAGUUAAGAAUUCACAGGUCUACAUGACCGGAGCAGUAUUCAGUCUUGAUGGCUCAGACAGUCUGAAGGAGACAAUGCAGACAAGCAUCAGCUCAGACAAUCAGACUGAGGAGCAGGAGAAGGUUGAUGAGAAGGUCCAGCGUGUGGGUAUCACUGCUUUAAAGGUGUCAGGAGCAGCCCAGGAUGCCGCAGUGAAGUUAGGAGUGGACCUUGGAAAUCUGCUGCUCAGCAAAGGGGCCAAAGAGAUACUGACUGUAGCCAGACAGCUUAAUGACGCGCGAUAGGUACAAAAUAGUCCGUAUCCAUAGCUGAAGACCAACCACCCCCUUUUCCAGAAGUAUUUUUUUAAAGGUCAACAAGUAUUUAAGUGUCAUCCUUUAUAGAUUACCUCUAUAUUUUGUGCGUAAUUAAGAUAUUAGUUCAUUUUUCACGGAAAAAAGGUAACUUUGAGUUGUAUUUACAGGAUUUUUAGCGAAGAUCAAUUUGCAUUACUACUUUAAACAGACUUGGAUGAUGCAGAAUAAUAAUGCCAAAAUUACUUAUUUACUGAAGACAAACAUGAAAAACAUCUGCAUUACAGAGAGCUAAUAGACAGAAAUGAUAUUUGCUCUCAUAUUAAGCCAUAAAUACACAAUCAUGCCUUUUAAGAUGGUGUGUGUUUUAUCUAAACAUAUGCUUAUUUUGAAACGUGAAUUAUUCUGGGAUGUACAUUUCCAAAAGCUGCUUGAGGUAUCAUCCACAUUUUAUCUUUACUGACUGUGCACAUGUGGAGCUAUACAUCAUAAUAACCGAUAUCACACUACAGAAUGAUUUUGUAUGAUUGGGCCAGCUGAUUUUUGAUAAUAUUUAGUGUGAAAAUGUAAUUAAAAAAGGUUUUCAUUCAUUCCCAAAUAUUGUAUGCCUUAAUUGUUGUCAUUGAACCCUUUAAAUUGUUUGUCAGAUCUUUCUAACAUCAGUGCCUGGAAAUUCAAAAUAUCGCCUCUGCAAAUUUCUUUGUGUAUGUGACUUUGAGCUCAUGGUCUCAUAGAGAUGUAAAGUUUGUAUGCACUGCCUCAUCCUUUUCAUUUAUUCCUCUCAAAUAUGAUGUUGUUGCUUUAUUUAUUUGGCUAAAUGUAUUUGCUGGACAUCAUCUUGUUCUUACAAUUGAAUGACGAUGUAUGAUGAAACUAAGCCAGUAUUAAUUUGCUGUGAUAUUCUAAAACACUGAUUUAUAUUUUGUAUGGUUUAGAGCUAGUUUAACUGAUACCAACUUGAUUUAAUGUAAGCAUAUGCAAGAUUUUUAGAAUGUACUGAAACUAUUGAAUUCCAUAAAAUACAUUUAGUUUUUUCAUUUA